UGAGGUCAGUCGUCGUCGUAUUGUCUAAGCAUCGCCCGUGGGUUUCCUGGUAGUGGACCUACGCUAGAUUCUCCCAUCCGAAGGCCAUCUCCUCGGCUCCAGUAGCUCUCUUUCUCCUUCUGAGCUGCAAUGGCGGCCGCUUCCUCCGAGCAGUGAUGAUUUGAUUUGCAUGCAGUGUGGCUCCCAGCCCGUAGCCUCGUCCAAGAAUGAGCCUUAGUUAUCGGAAUUGGGAUACAGUAUGCUUGGUGGGUGUUAAUGAUGGUGAUUUCAAUGCCAACGCUCCUAUCAGUUGUCCAUGCUUCCAGAUUCUAAAUCCGAGUUUCGACGAUGUCAACCAGCACUAUUCUGUUGAUGUGUUGCCGGUAUACCUCGAGGACGGGUCACUUCCGAUGAGACUUAACUGUCCGUUACACAGUUCACAGGGGCAAGACGUGUAUAGUAUUUCAUUGUUGCCUGAGGAAGACAGCGUCGACACAGACUGUGCAUCACAACUGGCUGCUCUGGGCUUGUUAGAAGUUCAAGAGCCCUGUAAAGAUCGUAUGUGCUUGGAUGCCCAAUUGGAUUGUGAAGACUUCGUUGAUUAUCAAGUUGAAAGUUUGGACGCUUAUUCUCCGUGCAUUGUGGACAUAGACAUUGAGAAGGACAACUAUGGGAUGCUUAAGUCCAACAAUGAGAAGCAUGGAAGCAUGAACAAUGAGGGUUUGCUCUCUAAUAUGAACAGGGUUUUGAGGAGACAGGUUAGCUUGAAGACAGGUCAAAAGUUAAUGCAACUUCUGAUGGACAACAGCACAAUGCUUCUGAAAUUCAGCUCUAAAGAGAGACCAGUGACGGAAAGGGCUCAUGACAUGUCAAAUAACAGGUGGAGGAGAUACAAACGUGCUGCUUCAUUCGAUUCAAGAAAAGUUGUCAUCCUCUUCUCAAUCCUGUCAAGCUUGGGAACGUUGGUUCUAAUUUACCUGACCCUGAAAGUUAGGCAGAAUGGUGAUGCCUCCACACGCAACUGGUAAUCUUGCUUCUCAAUGCAGAAACACUUCGAGUCGGUUGGGUGUUUUGUACUGCUGUCCUCGAUUGAUUCUGUAAUUCACUUUAAUUGUUCCUCUAUGCACUAUGUUUUUCCUGUACAUAAAGUUUGAGCUCUGCCGUACUACAUAUUCUGCGUAAAUGUCUAUCAAAUUUUCAUUA